AUGGCUGAGAAGACAGGCGGAGUGAGUCCGAAGCCUAGCAACCUCAGAACUACCCCAUCCAUACCCCCGGAGCCUAUCGACAUAAUCCGAACCAAGGCAAAAUCGCGCAGAGUUCGCCUCAACGUGGGGGGGCUCAACCAUGAAGUCCUAUGGCGGACCCUGGAUCGCUUGCCCCGCACCAGACUGGGCAAACUCCGUGACUGCAACACCCACGAAUCCCUAAUGGAGGUGUGCGAUGACUACAGCCUGAAUGAAAAUGAAUAUUUCUUUGACAGACAUCCAGGAGCCUUCACCUCAAUUUUGAAUUUCUACCGCACGGGCAAGCUGCACAUGAUGGAGGAGAUGUGCGCCCUGUCAUUCGGUCAAGAGUUGGACUACUGGGGCAUUGAUGAGAUCUACCUGGAGUCGUGUUGCCAGGCGAGGUACCACCAGAAGAAGGAGCAGAUGAAUGAGGAGCUGAGGAGGGAAGCAGAGACGAUGCGGGAUAGAGAAGGAGAGGGGGAGUUUGAUAACACCUGCUGCCCGGACAAGAGGAAGAAACUCUGGGAUCUCCUGGAGAAACCCAACUCCUCUGUGGCUGCUAAGAUCUUGGCCAUUAUAUCAAUCCUGUUCAUCGUGCUGUCCACCAUCGCCCUGUCCCUCAAUACUUUACCAGAUCUACAAGUGUUGGACGAAUUCGGUCAGGCCAAUGACAACCCGCAGUUGGCCCACGUGGAGGCCGUGUGCAUCGCUUGGUUCACUAUGGAAUAUCUCCUCCGCUUCCUCUCCUCUCCCAACAAGUGGAAGUUCUUCAAGGGCCCACUCAACGUCAUUGAUUUGCUUGCCAUCCUGCCCUACUAUGUGACAAUCUUUCUGACUGAAUCCAACAAAAGCGUGCUUCAGUUUCAAAAUGUGCGGCGUGUGGUGCAAAUUUUCCGUAUCAUGAGAAUAUUGAGGAUCUUAAAAUUGGCCAGACACUCCACAGGCCUCCAAUCUCUGGGUUUCACUUUGAGAAGGAGCUACAACGAACUUGGUUUACUUAUUUUAUUUCUCGCGAUGGGUAUUAUGAUCUUCUCGAGCUUGGUGUUCUUUGCCGAGAAAGAUGAAGAUGCCACAAAGUUCACCAGUAUCCCCGCGUCUUUCUGGUGGGCCACUAUUACAAUGACUACAGUGGGCUAUGGUGACAUUUACCCGCAGACUUUGCUUGGUAAAAUUGUAGGGGGGCUCUGCUGUAUUGCGGGAGUGCUGGUAAUUGCCCUCCCAAUUCCUAUUAUUGUUAACAACUUCUCUGAGUUCUAUAAAGAGCAGAAGAGACAGGAAAAAGCCAUCAAGAGGAGAGAGGCUCUCGAAAGGGCAAAGAGGAACGGAAGUAUUGUGUCCAUGAAUCUGAAAGAUGCUUUUGCUCGCAGUAUGGAACUCAUGGACGUAGUGGUGGAAAAGAGUGAGGAAAAAACGUUUGAUAACCACCUGUCGCCAAGUCGCUGGGGGUCGGCAAAAAAUGCGUCAUCAGAAACUAGCCUAAGGUCCCCAGAUAAGAGAAACCCCGAGUUGUCCCCGAAUCGAAUAACUAUUAUCACAUCAGGAAGUCCGCAGCACGAACACAGGACCCCACAGCAUCUUAACGCCCAGAGGUUAGAAGAAGUGUACAAUCAGAUGACAAAAUCACAAUCCUUCAACAAUUUAAAUACUGCAAGUUCAAUGAGCACCAUGAGCACAACUAUGACCGGACCUGGUUCACCCAAGAAAACCCACAGUCCAGAAUCCACUCUGAAGGAGGAAGUGGAGCUGGAGAUGACAGAAGUGCAAAAGGCAUGCUGUUCUGAGGAUUUUCUGCAUCAAAAAGAUGGCAUUGAACCGUGUGAAUUUCGUCCAAAGCUUCCAUUUUUAAACCUGGGUCAUCUGGGUACGGCGGACAACCUCUAUCAGUCUGAGCUCCACAUUGACGAAGAUGGGAGUUUCAAUAGCGCCAUGGAAACGAUGUCUCCAAGAGGAAACAAUCCUCUGAAGAUAAAAGGUUUGACGGUAAAUAGAAACUCGGCAGAGGGUCCGCUGACACCCCCCAGCACUACCUCUCCUGGAGACAUCAGCUCCAGCAUCAUGGAAGACGAAUCACCCGAUGGAGAGAUGUCCCCGCUCAUACCAUGUUCGGAUGAGCUUGUUCCCAUCGCGGAAGAGGAGUCAUUAUCCCCAAAAAGGCUGGUCGUAGACACUCCACCUGGCGACGAGGACCCGACUACGGAAGAUCAUCUCAUGGAGGUGGCAGGUGCAGUGGUUGGGCCCCUGUCACCCAAGAUGGCAGCACAAAACUGCACCCAAGCCGUAGUUGGGGCGAGCGGGGAGUCCAAUAGCAACCAAAGUGGACACAACAAAGUCGAGAACCACAUGUUUACAACGGAAAUCCAUCUGAUACCAGGAGAUGGCAGUCUUUCUCCGACCUGCGAAACCAGCAUGUGA